AAACUCUCUCUCUCUCUCUCUCUCUCUCUCCCCUCCCACUCCAUCUCUUCAUCUAUCCCAUGCUCUCUGGACUCAUACGAGGCUCUUCUGAACACUCUUCCAGCAUCACACACAAAAUCAAAGCAGACUGCGUGUUUAUCUUCAGAAUGCCGCUGGGAGGAGGAAAUAAGUGCGGAUGCUGUAAGAAGACGGUGUAUUUUGCAGAAGAGGUCCAGUGUGAGGGACAAAGCUUCCACAAGUCAUGUUUUCUGUGCAGGGUGUGCAGAAAGAAUCUGGACAGCACGACUGUAGCUGUACAUCAGGAUGAGAUCUACUGUAAAUCCUGCUACGGAAAGCAAUACGGGCCAAAAGGUUACGGAUUCGGUGGAGGAGCAGGAACUCUGAGUAUGGACACUGGGGAAGGUCUGGGCAUCAAACCCGUCGGACAAACAGCCCACCAGCCGACCAACAAUCCCAACCCGUCAAAGUCCGCUCAGAAGCUCGGUGGCGCAGAUGUGUGUCCUCGCUGUGGAAAUGCCGUGUACGCCGCUGAGAAGGUGGUGGGAGGAGGAAACGCGUGGCAUAAGAGCUGCUUCAGGUGUGCAAAGUGUGGCAAGAGUCUGGAGUCGACCACACUAGCAGAUAAAGAUGGAGAGAUUUACUGUAAAGGGUGCUAUGCUAAAAACUUUGGACCAAAGGGCUUUGGGUUUGGACAGGGAGCCGGUGCUCUCGCACAUGCCCAGUAAAACCACAGCCUGUGACACCUGUGAGGAAAAACUACAAACCUACACAACAUGUUGGAAGAAUGUCUGAUAAACGCCAUUAUUAUAUAUCAAUGUAACUAAGAAAACAGUCAUUCAUUCAUGUGACAUCCAACAUAACCUUAGUAUAGUCAACUGAUAUUUAUGCGUAAUAAUAAUAAACUGGGUUAUUUUUCACUC